AUGUCCGACGACGAAGAGUUUUACGACGAAUACGACGAAGACAUCUUCUGGGUGGAAGAACCCGACCCGACCGUCGCCGACGACCUUGCCGCAACAGCCACUGCCACCAAUGACUUCAUCUUCUAUGACGACCCCGCUCUCGAAGCCGAAGACUUCUUCAGCGACUGGGACGAUCUCUCCGACGACUACUAUGACCAAGACCCCACCGUAGUCCGCCGCCAGCGCGCCCUUAAUGCCCUGUCCCAAACCCCAGCAGCGGGUAUCCCGCCUACAAAACGCACCCGAAAGCCCACCACCAAGACCCCGCAGUUCGAUAUGGCAGCAUUCCAGGGCGUCGUGUGGAAAAGCCCCAGUGAUGAGGUCAAGAUCGCGCUGCAUGAGCCGGGCGCGGGCGAAAAGGUGGCCCUGCUGAAGAAUUGGAGGGAGGUGUUUCGGAAUUCGCAUCCCGCGAUUGGGCGCGUCAGGGUACGAAAAGAUGGGAGGGAGUGGGUGGCUGGUGCUGGAGUGGUGGCUGCAGAGGAUCUGUAUAGUGAUGAGGAUGAGGAUGCAGAUGUGGAGGACGGGGAUGAAGAUGAUGUGGAAGUGGACGUGGAGGAGACAAAUGGAGAAAGCAAUGGGGUGGGUAUUGAGGAGCCCGCUGAUCUAGAGAUUGUUGAGCAGGAGGAAGAGGCGGAGGUCAACGGCGAUCACCCCGAUGCGGUCGAGCCGGCUGAUUCCCUCGAGGUCAAGAAGUCGAAACCGAACGGGGUUGUCGCGAUCGCGGGCAAACCAGCGACAAGAGGUCGGAAGCGCAAGGCUGGAGACGAAACUUACCCCGUCCCGGAACCGACCAACAGGCCAAGAUCGAAACGCAUCGCGACUCAGAAAGUUGGGGAGACGAAAGAGUCUCACUCCGCACCACCGUCGGGCCCGGUGAGGCGGUCGGCCAGAAAUAAAAAGUAG